GCCUGCAGAGUCACUGAGUGUUUGUAAACAAGGGGAGAGUGUGAGAGACAGAGAGAGAGAGAGAGAGAGCAGAUCGGAACCAGAACAGGACGAGAAACGAACUUAAUUUAAAUACACACAGACUUAAAACUCACCCAGCUGUAACGGUCAUUGUUGUUUGAUUGUGCAAUCGGAAAGUCGCACAGUUUGUUGCGUCAAGGAAUGGUUUUAGUAAACAAAAACAAAACCCUGCUGAGGCGAACCGAUACUCGUUCACAGGUCUCGAGUGGAAAGCAUGGUAAUGAGCUCUGGGUUAACUGUCGCUGGAUUGUUUGUUUUUUCUUCACCUGAAUAGUCGUAAACCUAAACCCACACCACAGUGUGCAUUAGGACUGGGUUCAGGAGUCGGACCGGGACCGAGGUUUCGUGGGCGGUGUCGGACUGGUACCGCAGCCAGCCUGUGCGGAACCGUGACAAUACAAGAGAUUGGUUGGUACGGCUCGUCUAAUGCCGCGAUCUGCAAUGUUUACUGCAGGAUUUUAAUGCUAUGAACUGUUUGUGAGGCCCGAAGUGGUACAGACUAAUGGCAAAGCUGCAAACCAGGUUCUAAAAUCAUACAUUUGUUACUAUUUUUCUAUAUUUAACUAUUUAUAUAAUGUGGCUUUCAACCAUAUUAGCAAUUAUUUACUGAUUGAAUAUUAUAAUAUCAUUACAAUAGAAAUGGUGUCAUGAUAUUCCUCAUCAUAGGAUUUCUUCCUUCUUUUUACAGUUUUUCCCAAUAAUAUUUACUAGUCAGAUAGGAUUAAGGGGUACACUAUAUAAAUGGAACUGUGUGGACAGCUCCAGGCCAAAUAGGAUGACUGAGGCAACCCCUGAAACACUAUCCUUGUCUAAUUUGAAUAGCCGUUUCACCAGGUUACAACAACACGCCGACACGAUUAGAGACCCUUUUAAAAAGAUAAUUAAAUACCAAACGCUUCCCUAGAGGCUUCAUAUUCCCGUUUCUUGAGGGGUUCGCAAUAUCUCAGCAGAGAUGCCUUGGCCAUUUUCUGAGUCGAUAAAAAAGCGGGCCUGCAGGUACUUGCUACACCGGUAUCUGGGCAACUUCCUGCAAGAGAAGCUGAGCCUGGAUCAGCUGAGCCUGGACCUCUAUCAGGGAACCGGAUCACUGGCGCAAGUCCCGUUAGACAAAUGGUCCCUGAAUGAGAUCCUGGAAUCGGUGGACGCUCCCUUUGAGGUGAUUGAGGGGUUUAUUCAGACAAUCUCCCUGUCUGUCCCCUGGGCCUCACUGCUGCAGGAGAACUGUGCUCUGGAGGUGAAAGGGCUUGAGAUGGUUUUUAGGCCAAGACCACGGAUGGCAUCCGGAUCUGAGCCGAUGUACUGGUCCAGUUUCAUGACAAGCAGCAUGCAGCUUGCUAAGGAAUGUCUGAGUCAGAGGCUGACAGAUGAGCAGGCGGAAGGGUUUCAGCCUCUAGAAGGGCUUGAGAAAUUUGCAGAAACCAUUGAAACAGUUCUGAGAAGAGUCAAAGUUACAUUUUUAGACACAGUCCUCAGGAUUGAACAUGUACCAGAAAACUCAAAAACUGGAAUAGCUCUUGAAAUGCGAAUCAGCAAAAUUGUGUAUUGUGAUGAAACUGGAGAUGAAUGCUCUGGGAUGAAUGUUCACCAGCCAACGAUGUUUGCGCAUAAAAACCUGCAACUUACUGGGGUCUCAGUUUUUUGGGAUGAAUUUUCAGAAGCUGCAAGAACCUGUCCAAAGUCCUCAACUCCGCAAACAGAAACGGAACCAAAGCUCUCUCCCAGCUGGAACCCUAAAAUCAUCUGUGAGCCGCACCCCCAGUUUACAAGAACUGUGUCUGAAGUGGCACCAUUCAAGCCUGUGCAGAUUGGAUGUUUGAAUGGGAGAAUGGAACUCGGUCUUAUCCUCAAACAAAAUGAAGCACUUCCUGGAGCGAAACUGGAUGUAGAUGGACAGAUUGAUUCUAUAAAUGUGCUCUUGUCUCCACGCCAAGUGCAUCUGCUCUUGGACAUGCUGGGUGUCUUUUCAGGACCAGCAGGUUCAUCCUGUAUAGAGAGUUCAGAGAGGACCUCCCUCAGCUGUAAGGACAGGAAAAGCCGUCCAAUCCAGCAAGAGGACGAGUACCGGCUGCACAUGGAGCUGCACCGCUGUCUGAAGAAGGACAUGCUGCCUGCAGGGGGGCUGGAGGAGCAGGGCCUGUUUGAGAGCGAGACGAGAACCACGUCAAGUCGGGAAGAAGAUGUAUUCUUCUCUAUGGCAGAAAUGGAAAUGUCCCACAGUCUGUCCUCCCUUCCGCCACUUGGAGACCCACCCAAUGUGGAUCUUGAACUGUCUUUAAACAGCAACUACGCCAGCUCUCCCAGAGGAUCCCCAUUGGAUAAUGUAACAACGGUUUGGGAUGACUACCUGGAUCCUCCGAGACACAGGGAAAAACUGGCACAGGACCCUCCCUUCCUAUCAAGAGGGAUGCAGCCUCCUCAGAAACUGCUUCGACAGACAUCUCACCCAUCUAAACCUCACUCUGUGGAUGAAUCCCGGCCUGAGGUUGUGUUCAGACUAGCCCUGGGCAGUCUGUCCGUGUCUGUCCUUCAUAUAGACCCUCUGCCACCCCCUGAAACAGCACUGAACCUCAACCCGCUCACUCUGAUGGCCUCCGAUUUCUUCAGCCGGAUUGAGAAAAUCAGUCCUGCAGAGCUCUGCGAAGGAGAUUUUCCACAUUUUCAUCCCAUUUUUGAUGAGGCCUGUCCUUAUGAUCACCUGAGGUUCAUGGGAACUGGUAUCAAGGUAACCUACGAGCAGCGGCAGGGAUCCAGUUUGCGCAGUCUCAGUACUGAUGUGUCUGUGGGACAGAUGGAGCUGCUGGAGUGUCUAUUCCCAACAGACUCACGGUCCAGCGCACCCCAGUACACAGAGCUUGUAACAUUUGAUUCAGACUGCCUCAAAGAAUCCCAUCCUCCAGCUUGUCUUCACCUUCUGUACAAGUUUUCUGAACGCAGGGGACCCCAGGGAAGUCAGGUGCGACUCAGUGCAAUGCCUCAGAAAGCUGAUUUUCAGAUAGAACUGGGUCCAGUUCAUUCAGAAUUAGAUAUUAGCAUUGUGGAUAGACUCAAUUCUUUACUGCAACCACAGAAACUGGUAACAACAGAAAUGAUGGCAUCCCACAUGUACACCUCCUACAAUAAGCAUGUCAGUCUGCACAAGGCAUUCACUGAAGUUUUCUUAGACGACUCGAGGACACCAGCAAACUGCCGGAUGUCUGUCUUGGUUAAUGUGCCAGUGUUAAACUUGGCCGUGCGAUUUCCAAUUCCUGACUUGAGGUCGGACCAGGAGAGGGGCCCCUGGUUUAAGAAAUCCCUCCAGAAAGAAAUUCUCCAUCUGGAGUUCAAGGAUGUGGAAUUCAAAACCGAAUUCACUGGCGGAUCCUCUCCGGAACAAACUAAACUGGAGCUGACGUUUAAAGAACUGACUGGCAAGUUUCAAGAUGACCAUGACCAGGCAGCUGUCAGGUUCCUCAAGGUGUCACAUGGGAUGGAUGGUGACAUGGUGACAUCAGACAGUGGCAAAUUUGAUUGGCCAAGGAUCGUGUUGAAAGUGAACCCGACGGCAGUGCACUCUAUCCUGGAGCGGGUCACAGCCGAGGAAGAGGAGGAGGCUGAGGGGCUCUCCCCAGAGGAGGAGGAAGGAGGGGCGCACUCUUUGAAAGACGUCUGUGAUUUCGGAAAACCAGAGCCCUCACCAUUCUCCUCCCGCAGGGUCAUGUACGAAAACGAGGAGAUGGUCAUGCCAGGAGAUGUGGCUGAAAUGACUGAAUUUCAGGAGAAGACAAUGAGCAAUUCACGCUACAUUUUGGAGCUGUCGUUGCCAAAUGUUGAAUUAGCCCUGCCAAACAAGGCCUUUUACGAGAAAUUGCACAACAGCAGAAUCAAUAAUGACCUGUUGCUAUGGGAGCCGACCGCACCAUCUCCAGUAGAGACCUUUGAAAACAUGUCCUAUGGUGUUGGACUGUCAGUAGCGAGCCAGCUAAUCAAUACCUACAGCAAGGACAGUUUCAGCCAGUUCAGAUCAUCUGCCCCCGAUGAAGAAGAGAGUGGAUCGGAGGAAGAGACGAUGCAAUAUUACUCCACGGGAGACUUUGGUUUUAGGUGUCGAAGGAAAAAGAAGAAUGAGCCUCAGAACAAAACCUCCCAAAGUCUUUUCUCUGUCCUCCUGAGUGUCAACCACGGACUUGUGGCCUUACAGACAGAUACCAAGCGGGAAGAUGGGACAGUGAUAGAAAGCAGGCAUGGAGAGUUCUGGUUAGAAAUUGAUAAUGGGGUUCUGUUCAGUGUGACUCGCUAUGAGGGCUAUGAAGACCAGCAUUACAUAUGUCUCCAUACCAGCAGCUUGUGUCUGUAUCACCAAGGUAUGUUAGAAGGAACUGUCCCCAGCACUGAAGUGAAGUUGCCCAGUAAAACCCGGCCUCACUGGUUGGAACCUACCAUUUACCGCUCUGAGGAGGGGUCCCUCAGCAAACGUUGCGUGCCUGAAGGUGCUGGAGGAGAGAGUAUAAAUAUGCUGUCUGUGGCAGUGAAGAUCUACUCUGAGAACAUCGAGCGCAAUGUUAAGGAGUUCCUGAUCUCUGUCGGAGUGAAAGGAGCUACUCUUCAGCACCAGGUGGUGCCCUCAAGUAUCAGCUGGCAGGAGCAGAUUCUGGAUUUCCUGAAUGUGUCUGAUGAGCCUGUUUUGGGAUACACCCCACCUGUUUCAGUCACUACCUUUCACCUUCACCUGUGGAGCUGUUCUCUUGAUUACAGACCACUGUAUCUGCCAAUCAGAUCUCUUCUCACUGUGGAAACCUUUAGCAUCUCCAGCAGUGUCUCGCUUGACCGGUCCUCCUCCAAACUCAGAAUCAUUCUGGAUGAAGCUGCGUUGUUUUUAUCAGACAAGUGUAACAACGUGUCGGUCAAUCUGAACAGAGAUUAUGUGCAAGUGGUGGAUAUGGGACUCUUGGAGCUGAGGAUUACAGCAGUUAAACCCGGAGUCAAUGGAGAAAUGACUGAGCCACGAUUUGAGCUGCGCUGCUCCAGUGAUGUCAUUCACAUCCGGACUUGCUAUGAUUCCUGUGCGGCACUCAUGAACCUGAUCCAGUACAUAGCAAGCUACGGGGACCUUAUUCCACCCCCAAGACCAGAGACAAAAGCUGGAGGCUCUAAGCAACGAGGCAGGCCCGACAUCCCAAGCAGACCCCCCUCUCGGCCACUACUCCUCCCUGAAGCUGAGCAACAGAUCCUUCAGGACCUGAUGAGUGAAGCCAUGGAGGACACAGACUUCCAGCAGGCACGGUCCCCUGAGGACCGGCAGCCCAAUGGAGUCCAUGAAGGAUCCACACAGGCUCUCGAGCCACCUCGUUCAGAUCUCUUCCUGUUCCCAGAUGAGAGUGGGAACAUCUCCCAGGAACCAAGCCCAACCUUUACACCCUAUCACCACCCUCUGAUCUACGCAGCCAUGAGCGACGCUGCUCCAGAGAGCGAUGACUUUUGUAUUCUGGAAACUCCUUUGGCGGGCGCUGCUGAUCGUGAUGAGGAGCCAGUAGUGAAAAAACUGACUUCAGAUUCUAUUGAGAUACAAGAGAAUCACUUUAGUAUCCCACUUGGGAGGACUGACUCGAAUAAAGGACCCUUGCACUUUCCUGUUCCAGAGGUCAGAUAUUUAAUAAAGGAAAUCUCAAUCAUCUGGCAUCUUUAUGGGGGCAAGGAUUUUGCGGGUGGACCAGUCCUAUCAUCCCCAGCCAAGAGUCGUGGCUGCACUCCUCACAGCUCUCCCUCACAGACCCCAGUGAGACAAAGUCGAGUUGCUGGGCGUGCACAUGGAGGCAGGGGGAGAAACCCAGAUGUUCUGAUGGAAAUACAGCUGAGCAAGGUGAAGUUCCAGCAUGAAGUUUACCCUCAGAGUGGGGCGGACAGGGAGCCCAGUUUAACAGAGCAGCCAGUCUCUCGGCAAGUGUUCAUCGUCCAGGAUCUUGAGAUCAGGGACCGUCUGGCCACAUCACAAAUGAACAAGUUCCUCUACCUCUACUUCAGCAAAGAGAUGCCCAGGAAGGCCCAUUCUAAUAUGCUGACGGUGAAGGCUUUGCAUGUCUGUCCAGAAUCAGGUCGAACCCCACAGGAGUGCUGUUUACGAGUCUCUCUAAUGCCGGUGCGCCUCAAUAUCGAUCAGGAUGCAUUGUUUUUCUUGAAGGACUUUUUUGCCAGCAUUGCUGCUGAGGUGGAGUUGUUGUCUCCACCAGAUCAAGAAGUAAAGAAACCUCCAGCUCCAGACCUCACCUGCAGCUUCCCCAAACACAUGAGUGGUAGUCUGGACCCAGCUCCAAUCAUCUCGGUGCCAGGACAAGGCAAACCGAGCCAGAAUGGCUUACCAGAUUCCAGCAGCACUGAAAAUGGGGAGGCCGAAUCUUCACCUGCAACAUCCUUCACAGACCAGCCAAUCUUCUUCCGAGAGUUUCGUUUCAUCUCUGAAGUGCCCAUUCGUUUGGAUUAUCACGGGAAGCAUGUGUCAAUGGAACAGGGCACAUUUGCUGGAAUUGUGAUUGGUUUGACUCAGCUGAACUGCUCUGAGCUGAAACUGAAGAGGCUUUGCUACAGACAAGGAUUGCUGGGUGUGGAUAAACUGUUCUCCUAUGCAAUCAGUGAAUGGCUGAAUGACAUUAAAAAGAACCAGCUACCAGGAAUUCUGGGAGGAGUGGGCCCUAUACACUCCUUAGUACAAUUAGUUCAGGGCCUGAGGGACCUUGUGUGGUUGCCAAUUGAACAGUACCGCAAGGAUGGAAGAAUUGUCAGAGGGUUUCAACGUGGCGCUGCAUCCUUCGGUACAUCUACUGCCAUGGCAGCUUUGGAGCUCACUAAUCGGAUGGUGCAGACAAUUCAGGCUGCAGCAGAGACAGCCUAUGACAUGGUGUCUCCUGGACCUGAUGAAAGCGAAUUAAAAAGAAUCAAACGGUUCUCUCAUUACCGGUUGGCUCACCAGCCAGUGGAUCUGCGUGAGGGCGUGGCCAAAGCAUACAGUGUCGUCAAAGAGGGGAUUACAGACACAGCGCUGACAAUCUAUGAUACCGCCACACGGGAGCACGAACAGAGAGGAGUGACUGGGGCUGUGGGGGGAGUUUUGCGACAGAUUCCACCUGCUGUGGUAAAACCACUCAUUGUUGCCACAGAGGCCACCUCCAAUGUUUUGGGUGGCAUGAGAAAUCAGAUUCGACCAGAUGCCCGUCAGGAGGAAUCCCAGAAAUGGCGAUUAGGGGAGGAGUGAAAAAAAAAAAUUAUAUAUUAUAUAUAUAUAUAUAUAUAUAUAUAUAUAUAUAUAUAUAUAAUAUAAUGGCAACUGAAAGAAUAUAGGUCCUAACAAUAUCAUUUCACCAUCAAGUACCAAUAGUAAAUAAUAGUUCUGUCAACCUUCUGUUGAUACAAAACCAAUAUUAAUCCACCCCAACAAGUGUGUGCUUUACUAACCCCCAGCUCGUAUUCCUGAUACUCCCCAGCUGUGCCUUUCUGUGAGCAUGAGGAUUACUGUAAAUGCUAUCUGUAGGCCAAUUUUGUGUAUUUCCCUUUCUUUAAAAUAAAUGUAAAGUCUGUGCUCCUUCACCAGACCCCAGAGGGUGCGGGUCUAGAUAAAAUGCACUGGUUUUAUGGAAAAGAAACAACAAAAAAACUUUGCUUUCAUAAAUUGCCUUUAAUGAACUCCCUUGUAGUCGACCGUUAUUGUGAGCUAUGCCAGGUAAUACCUGUAAAUUUAUUUCAAAUAUUGUUCUAGUGCUGUGUGCUUUCAAAGAAUGACCACAUACAGCAUCAGCAGAAAUCCUAAUGCAAUGCAGAGCCAUACAGCCAUGCUGAAUUCAAAAUCAAUAUAUAUAUAUAUUGAGAGACUGGAUAUUUUUACCCCCCAAAAGGGUAAUUUUGCCUUUUUGAUCAGCAGUGUGUAUGUAGACAGAAAAUGGCAAAGCCACUGCAGAUAUAAAAAACGGAAUAAGAAAUCUAAAUGAUAUUGUUUCUGAGGUACUGAAUAUAUGUUUACAAGCUAUUUUGUAAUACAGUGUGCUUAGUGCAUGUUAUGAUCAAUCAACUACUGAUUGCUAUUAGUCCUAGACCCAGUGAAUCAGAGUCCGGUUUACCUUACUGUGGGUGUACAGGAAGUCCUGGUAACUGGUCAUUUGAAGGAUUGUUAUUUAAACUGCUGCUUGGAUCAAUCUUUCUGUACAAAGUGUUUGCUUAGACAUCUCAGUUUGUCCAAAUGAAGCAAAAAGAGAAGAUCCAUGUGCACCUUCUUUGUUUAUGUUAACAUGUGUAUUCUGUAAUGUGUCUUUAAAGGGAUUAUUGUUGUGAUAACUAAAGUCUUAUUUAAAUUAAUAAAUAAACAACCUCUAUCCUAA